AAAUCAGGUAUUGAUCGCCAGAAGCAAUGAAUAACCCUUUCGCCUUGAAUACUUUCCAAAGAGAUAAACAAUUAGAUUGGAACUUGAGUAACUCAAACAGCUGUAUGGAUUGGAACUUGGGAGGUGCUACAACUUGGAAUUUACCUACAAUUGUUGAAGAACCAAGCUUUGAUACAAUCAAUGGAUCAUCAAAUGGGGAUUUCUCAGUUGAUUUGAAGCUUGGUCCAUUGAAUAAAUGGAAGAAACCACCAUUGCCAAUGGCGUCUUCUUCUUCGUCAUCUUCAAAGAGAGCUGGAGCAAGCAACAACAAUGGAAGCCGUCAACAAGUUUGGUGUCUUGUUGAUGGGUGCAAUUCAGAGCUUAGUAAAUGCAAGGACUAUCAUAGGCGCAAUAAAGUGUGUCAACUCCAUUCCAAGGCUGCUCAAGUUUUCAUUAAUGGCAAAAAGCAACGAUUUUGUCAACAAUGCAGUAGGUUUCACUCACUGGAGGAGUUUGAUGAAAGAAAAAGAAGUUGCAGAAAACGUCUCGAGGGACACAACCGCAGGCGAAGGAAGCCUCAGUCGAUGUAUCCCCUCUCUCUCAUGCGUCCUGGAACCUACUUCUCUGAUUACCAAGGUACUGAGUCGUUUCCAUUCGCUAGUUUGAAUAUACCUACUUGGCCUGGAGUUAACACGCAGGAACCCAUAGUCAAGAAAGACACUCUUCAGAAUCGAACCCCACCCACCUGUCAGUCGUUCAGGACAGCACCGGAAGGAAAUGGGGGCAGCAGCAGUCACAAUGUGUCGUGUGAUAGGUUAGUACCUUGGUUUCGAGAUGCAGAUUAUGCUCUCUCUCUUCUGUCAUCUGUGCGGACUCAACCUACGUCUGGGAUCGGUUCGAGUAACCUCGUACAGUCUCACUCGUUCGCCUUGGUGCAUCCCUCGAGACUGAGCGUCGCGAAUCCCGUUGUCGAACCGAUGGGAUCACUUGCUGUUGCCAAUGACAGGGAUGAUAGGGUCCAUUGUCCACAAAUGGUUCACAUGGAUUGUGGUGAAUGCUCUAAAACCCAAGACCCUCACACUCUUCCCUUUCAUAGGAAAUAUUGAAUCGAAUUUGACUUUCUUUUAUUUUUUUUAUUUUUUUAAAUAAAAGUUUAAAUAUGUUAUUUAUUUUAAUUUUGAAACAUUGAGUCUCUAUAUUUUUUAAUUUAAAAUAUUCAU